UGGUCCAAAGGAAGAGAAAGAGAUUUUGUUGUAAGCAAAAGCAAGAGGGAAAACAAAGCAAAGCAUUUCAUUAUUAAAUGCCUUAUUGUGAUAAUGCUAUUUCUUUUUCUUUCUUUAAAGAUACUUUUUGCAUGGCUUAGCUUCUCUUUAGGAUCCCUGUCCAACAUAUUGAUGGUACAUAUAUCCUUUUUAUUUUCUAGAUAUUUAAUCCUAAACAAUAACAUAUUUUUUACUUGCGUUUCCAAAGAUUUCUCUUAUGGUCAAAAUUAUUUGUUCAAUAAGACUGUAACACUGUCAAUAUAACACUUGUAUAACUUUUUUUCACUACUAUAAACAGUGAAAUUGGUGCUUAAUAAAAAUGUUGUCAAUUUUUCUUAAAAAAAAAAAGUUGUCAAUGAUGAAAGCUACGUUAUUUCCAUCCAUUUACGAGGAUAAAUGCAUUUGGGUGUGUAUUUAAUGUAUGUGUAUCAGUGUAUGAUUUUUGAUAUGAAAAAGGAAUGAAAGAAUUCAAAGUUGAUUGUUCACUUUUUAGUUUGAGCUUGUGUCACACUCUUUUUCAAAAGGUGAAACUGAUUGGAAGCCCAAAACUUUUUUUUUUCUUGGGAAAAUAAAAGAUUCCUGUUUCAAAAAAAGAUAAAAUCGUGAAUGAACAAUGAGCUAGGAAGCUCACCAAUUACAAAAGUAAAAGUUACAGUGGAAGAAAGAUAGGUGAGAUACUGAGAUGUUGGACUCAACCAACAGUUCUGAUUUUUAUCAUUCACUGAAAUUGUAGAAACUAGAAAAAUCAAAAGGAUUGGUUUGUCUUCCUCACCUUCAAUGAGUUCACUUUCUCAUUUCCUGGUUGUAUUUCUUUUCUUUAUAUCAUCUGUUGUGUGCCAAGUUGAAGAAUUUAUUAGUUUAGACUGUGGAGGCACAAGUAACUACACUGACCGGAGUACUGGAAUAGCAUGGAUUCCCGACCGUGGAUUUAUGAACUAUGGCCAACCAGCGGGAGUAAUAAAUCCAAAUGGAAACUUGGUGCAGUAUCAAAGGCGGCGAGAUUUUCCCAUAGACAACAAGAAGUACUGCUACACUUUAGCCACCCAAGAAAGAAGGCGGUAUCUAGUUCGUGCAACAUUUCAGUAUGGCAACUUAAAAAACGAAGAAACAUAUCCUCAAUUUCAGCUUUACUUGGAUGCAACUAAGUGGUUUACUGUAUCAAUAUUGGAUGCUUCCAGAAUAUAUGUGAAGGAAAUGAUCAUCAGGGCACCCUCGGAUUCUAUUGAUGUGUGCAUAUGCUGUGCAACAACUGGUUCUCCAUUCAUAUCCACUCUUGAGCUGCGGCCCUUGAAUCUUUCAAUGUAUGCAACAGAUUAUGAGGAUAAUUUCUUCUUGGACGUUGCCGCUAGAUUGAACUUUGGUGCCCCAAGCGAGGAUUCCAUAAGGUAUCCAGAUGAUCCAUAUGACAGAAUUUGGCAGUCAGAUCUCAUUAAAAGGCCAAAUUAUCUUGUAGGGGUGGCCCCUGGCACAGAAAGAAUCAAUACAUCAAAGAAUGUAAACACAAAAACAAGAGAGUACCCACCUGUGAAAGUAAUGCAAACAGCAGUUGUUGGCACGAAAGGGGUGCUCAGCUACAGAUUAAAUCUUGACAAUUUCCCUGCCAAUGCUCGAGCUUAUGCAUACUUUGCUGAAAUUGAAGACUUGGGUGCCAAUGAGACUCGGAAAUUCAAAUUGAGCCAGCCUAUCAUGCCUGAUUACAACAAUGCAGUGGUAAAUAUAGCCGAGAAUGCCAAUGGGAGCUACACUCUUUAUGAACCCAGCUACAUGAAUGUGACUCUGGAAUUCGUUCUGUCAUUCUCCUUUGCUAGGACCCGGGAUUCUACACGAGGGCCACUUCUAAAUGCGAUGGAAAUAUGUAGAUACUUAAGGAUUGCUCCAAAGACCGACGGGCAUGACUUGAUUGUUGCCAAUGCCCUUCGUUUGAUGUCUGCUGAAGGCAUUUGGACAAAUGAAGGAGAUCCCUGCGUCCCAACUCCAUGGGAAUGGGUAACCUGUAGCUUAACUACACAACCGAGAAUUACGAAAAUUUUGCUGUCAGGAAAGAAUGUGACUGGUGAAAUCCCAUCCGAGCUCAACAACAUGGAGGCGUUAACAGAGUUGUGGUUGGAUGGUAAUUCCCUCGAAGGGCCACUCCCUGACAUAAGUAAUCUCAUCAAUUUAAAGAUUGUGCGUAUAGAGAACAACAGAUUGAAUGGUUCAUUACCUUCUUACCUCAGUAGUUUGCCAAGCUUGCAAGAACUGUACAUACAGAACAACUCUUUUAGUGGGGAAAUACCUUCAGGAUUGUUAAAUGGGAAAAUCAUUUUCCACCAUGGAGAUAAUCCCCAACUACAUAAAGAAGUCCAGGACAAGAAGCAUUUUAAGUUGAUUCUUGGAAUAUCAAUUGGAGUGCUUGUAAUUCUAUCAGCUCUAUUCGUAGGAAGUUUAUUAUUAAUGCGUAAUCGUCUGAGAAAGACAUUUCAACAACAGAAAAGUGAUAGCAAAGGUGGUUCUAAGCGUAGCAGCACCAAGCCUUCAAAUGCCUAUUCAAUUAACCGUGGUGAUCAUUUAAAGGAUGAACGCAUUGCAUAUUAUAUUACACUCUCUGAACUUGAAGAAGCUACCCAAAAUUUUUCAAAGAAAAUUGGCAAAGGAAGCUUUGGGUCUGUCUAUUAUGGGAAAAUGAAAGACGGAAAAGAGGUGGCAGUUAAGAUCAUGGCAGAUUUAUCAAGCCAAGGGCAAUUUGUGACUGAGGUAGCUCUCUUGUCUAGAAUUCAUCAUAGAAAUUUGGUUCCUCUAAUUGGAUACUGUGAAGAAGAGCAUCAACGGAUUUUGGUGUAUGAGUAUAUGCAUAAUGGAACCUUGCGGGAUCACAUACAUGAUAAUGCCAACCAAAAGCAGUUAGACUGGCUAGCUCGUCUCUGUAUAGCAGAAGAUGCAGCUAAAGGUCUUGAGUAUUUACACACUGGAUGCAACCCAAGCAUCAUUCACCGAGAUGUAAAAACAAGCAAUAUUCUCCUAGACAUCAAUAUGAGAGCAAAAGUGUCAGAUUUUGGACUUUCAAGGCAAACUGAAGAAGAUUUAACCCAUGUAUCAAGUGUGGCACGAGGAACAGUAGGCUACCUAGAUCCUGAGUACUAUGCAAAUCAGCAAUUGACAGAAAAGAGUGAUGUUUACAGCUUUGGCGUUGUUCUCCUGGAAUUGAUUUCUGGAAGAAAGCCCAUCUCUGUAGAAGAUUAUGGUCCUGAAAUGAACAUUGUUCACUGGGCAAGGUCUUUAAUUCGUAAAGGUGAUGUUAUUAGCAUCAUAGAUCCUUUCCUGCUAGGAAAUGUCAAGAUUGAGUCCAUAUGGAGGAUUGCUGAAGUUGCUAUCCAAUGUGUUGAACAACAUGGGGCUUCAAGGCCAAGGAUGCAGGAAGUAAUUUUGGCUAUUCAAGAUGCUGUCAAGAUUGAAAAGGGAACUGACAGCAACCAAAAACAGGCAUCAAGUAGUUCAAAAGCACAAUCUUCAAGAAAAACUUUGCUGACAAGCUUUCUUGAAAUUGAGAGCCCUGACUUAUCAAAUGACUGCCUAGUUCCAUCUGCAAGAUGAUUUGCACCACCCUCCAACCUAAGACUUUUAACUGUUAACAUAUAUCCUAAUCAACUUUAUAUUGCUUCUACCUAUAUUGACAACACAGCCUUGUUUCUUUUUCUCAUGAAAACUGUAAAAUCCUUUUGCACUAUAGAAUUAGAUAAUGGCCAAUUUGUGUUAUAAGUAUUUAGUUGGUUGA